AAGGACGAAAAUAACAUAUUAAAAAUAAAUAAAGUAGAUUUGCAAGGACCAUUUGAAAGAAAAAGAAAAAAAAAAAAAAAAAAGUAAAUACACCAAAGUGCACGCGUCGAUUCCCAAAAAUAAGUAUUUCUCUCGUGUUCUCCUUCUCCUUUGUUCAUACAAUAAUAAAAUUCUCCGCCGUGGUGCCUUCAUUUUCUCUGCUAAUUCUCCAGUUCCCAUUCACCAUUUAAUCUCAUUUUCCAUGGUGAUGUUGGAGCCAACUUGUGUGAACCUCGGCUAAUCCCACGGGUUACCCGCUGCCUCCCGUCAAGAGAGGUAAAGGUAACCUUGCUUGCCAAGACUUACGCAGAUCUAAGGAAUUCAUCCCGACUCUACCGGGAUUCGUGCUAUCGAGGCUCAGUGACUAAUUCGAAAUCUGCUAUCUAAAUCAGUGAUUAGCAAUGCCUCCAAACCCUAGGGUUGAUCGUGCCUUCCGUGCUAUGAAAACUCUCGGGAUUCCUGGAGAUAAGGUGAAACCAGUUCUGAAGAAUCUUCUAAGAUUGUAUAACAAAAAUUGGGACCUUAUAGAAGCAGAGAACUAUAGGGCCCUUGCAGAUGCAAUAUUCGAAUCUGAUGAAGCAAAGGAUUCUGAAAGUACAAAGCCAACUGAGAAUCAAGAGGCGCUGGUGCAAGAUGAGCCUGAACCACUUUUGAAGAGGCAGCGGUUAAAAAAUCAAUCAAGUCAACCAAAUGAGUCUGUUGAAUCUCAUUUGCAAAACCAGUCACUGGGUGUUUUUGAUUCCCCUCAGGCCAUCGGCAACGAAUCACUUGGUAGAAACAAAGGAAAGCAGCCCAUUUUGUCCAACUCAUUAGCAGCACAGGAAGGAUUUCCUUCAUCUCAGCCUUCUGGCGUGGACAAGAGCCUUUCGGUUCCUAGGAGAGCUGGAUCUACUUCUGGUUCUGCCAUCCCAGUGUCACCUACUAAGAAUGUUAUUGCUAAUCACACUUUUAUCAAACCUAAGGAUGAGCCAGUCACUGAUGACCUGCCACAUCUUGAAGUUCCUCUUGCCGUCACCCGCCCAGGUUCAUCGAGUAAAGGAAAAUCUCCAGUUGCAAGUGGUUCGUCAAAAGGUAGACAGGAUGAUUAUAACACAUCGGCAACUGUAGUUGAAUCAGAUACAAACGAUGGAAAUCCACCUUCUCCAGUUGGAGCAGCUAACAGCAACGCUGAAACAAACACGAUGAAAUCAUCUCCUUCCACCUUGGAGAUAGCUUCCUCACAAUCCGGAGAGGUGAAAAUUGUCUUGAACUAUGGCUCAGUUCUUGGUAAAUCAGAUUUUCACAUGCCUACUCUUGAUGCCGUGGUGAAGUUAAUGGAGGAUAAAUGUCUCAAAGGGUACAAAGAACUCGAUCCUACUUUUUCUGUGAUGAAAGUCAUGACAGAUGUUUGUCAGUGCUUCUGGGAGAUGGGCAGCGAAUCGACAAAUAAAUCAUCUGCGAAAUGAGCGAAAUGUGUCGUAUGAAGCACGAAGCGAGGGAGGAACGAAGACGGAUUAACUUAGCAAGACUUUAGAUUGAGCUAACAACAUUUUGUGUUAAGCUUAAAUUGAGCUUAAUAACAACUCUUCCCAAAAUUCUGUUUGUUUCUCUUUUCUGUGUUCUUUUAUGUAGUUAUGAACUGAUAAAGUCUAAUGUGUUUGUGAACCUGUGUUCUUGAAAAUGAAGACAAAAGGUUCUUCCAA